AUGUCUUCGCCGGGAGGACUGGAGAAGCAACUGGUGACUGCAAUACAGCAGAAGACGUCCGGCUCUGGCUACUUUUUUACUUCUAGAACUAGGAAGUAUCAUAAAGGUGGUCGGCCGGACCGAACAGCAGCUGAUGGUUACUGGAAAGCCACUGGAGGUGACAUCAUUGUCCGAAGCAAUGGCCAAGAAGUUGGCCGGAAAAAGGUUCUCGUCUAUUAUGAAAGGAAAUCUGAUAAUAACAAUAAAGGAACAAAGACUAACUGGAUAAUACAUGAAUUUACGAUUCAUCAAAUGAAGGACGUUGCAUGUUCUUCUACAAAUGCAAUUCCAGAUGACAAGACGAUGGUAUUUAAAAAAAAUAAAAAUAACCUCAAACCCAUCAAGCAAUUCACAAAUUUGGCAGCAACAUCGUCUUAUCAUAAUCAUGUACCGGCACUUGAUCAGUUGUCCUUGCAUGGUGCUAAUCUUCCCGACCAACAUAGAAGCAUAUAUGAUCAAUAUCAGUUGGUUCAUGAACCUGUUACGUACAUGCACGGCGAAGUUUCAAUUCAGAGUAAUAUUCUUCCAUCUCGUCAACCUCUUGCGAACAUUCCUGGUGAUCAAUGCAAUGUUACUCAACCUGAGACUGAGACUGACAUGCAAAGCAAUGAUCUGUAUCGGCAUGGUGAUUAUGGUGAUGACUUGGAUUUCACGACUCCAUAA